GUCGGUGUGACAGCAGCAACGGGCAUUGCAUCCAUCAACAUAGGCGGAUGCACCCUUCACUCAUGGGCCGGCAUUGGUCUUGGAAAAGGAGACCCGGUAGCAGAAGACAGAAACAACCUACCCGUGGAUGAGAACAACUUCACGACGGACCGUUGGAAACAAGCUCGAGCUCUGAUUGUAGACGAAAGUACGAGUUCAUUGGAUGUCUACAAUCGCUAUGCCUAUAUUCGCUGA